CUUAUAUAUAUAGUAAAAACUGCUCGCUUCUCCUCCAUGGGAGUCACAUCCGCAAGGCAAGAACAUCUCCUCGAUCAGGGAAGCAAUGGCUGCUGUCUUCUCAGUCUUCCUCACUUCCCUCUUCGUCACAGUGCCGUGCGUUAUCCGUCUACUGUACUGCCUCCUAUGGGUUCCGUGGCGCUUGCAGCGUCGCUUCCGGCUACAGGGCAUCAAGGGUCCCCCACGCCGGCUGCUCUCCGGCAACGCGGCCGAGUUCCGCGCAAUGCUGGAGGGUGCCCAGUCCUCGCCGCCCCUUGCUUCCUUCCACCACGCUGGCGUCCUCUCCCGUGUCGUGCCGCACUACCACGAGUGGUCGGCGCGGCACGGCCGCCCUUUCGUGUACUGGUUCGGCCCCCGGGCCCGGCUGGUGGUCUCCGACCAUGACGUUGUGGCUACUGUGAUGACUGAUUCCACGGAGGCCUUCGACAAGUCCGGCUUUGGCGGCGGGAACCCGCUCGCACGGCAGCUCUUUGGCCAGGGGCUGCCGGGGCUCUCCGGGGAUAAGUGGGCGCGCCACCGCCGUGUGGUUGCGCCGGCGUUCAACAUGGAGCGAGUCAAGGCUUGGAUACCAGAGAUAGCAGCUAUCACCUCAUCUAUGUUGGACACAUGGGAGGUCCAAGGUGAAAGCCGCCAUACCGAGUUUGAGGUAGAUGUCUACCAAGGGUUCCACACUUUAAGUGCAUAUGUCAUUUCCCAUGUGGCGUUUGGAAGUAGCUAUGAGGAGGGGAAUCGGAUUUUUGAGUUGCAACAAGAACAGGGCAAACUUGUUGCUCUUGCAAUGAGGACGGUGUAUAUUCCUGGCUUCAGGUUUGUGCCAACAAAUAAGAACCGGAGGAGGCAGAGCCUAAACUUGGAACUCCAAAAUUUGUUGCGCAAGUUGAUCGAGAUCAAUGGAAGGAAAUGUGAGGAUGCAAAAAAUUUGCUCGGGUUGAUGCUGUCAGCUAGCAAAGCACUGAGCAAGUUCAAAAUGGACAUUGAAGAGAUAAUUGAAGAGUGCAAGGUAUUUUACUUUGGCGGGAAGGAAACAACGGCUCAUUUGUUGACAUGGGCUACACUUCUGCUUGCAUCGAACCGAGAAUGGCAAGACAAGGCCCGUGAUGAGGUUCAUCGGGUGUGUGGUAAAUUCGAGCAUCCUAAUGCAGAAAACCUGAGCAAUCUCAAAAUUGUAGAUAUGGUGUUAAAAGAAACACUCCGAUUGUAUCCCCCAGUUGUGGCUGUCAACAGGACUGCCACUAGGGACAUCAAGCUAGGCAAACUUGACAUCCCUGCCGGCACACAGCUUGAAUUCCCCAUCAUCGACAUUCACCGUGACACCGGCGUCUGGGGCGCAGAUGCUGAUGAGUUCAAUCCAUGGAGGUUUGCUGAUGGCCACAGGAGGUACCACCUCGGUGCAUACUUACCCUUUGGCAUGGGCCCUUCAGUAUGUGUUGGUAAGAAUCUUUCCAUGGUCGAGGCGAAAGUGGCACUGGCAAUGAUCCUUCAGCGUUUCACGUUUGUUGUCUCGCCAUCCUAUGUUCAUGCACCAAUACUCAUGAUGAACACCCGGCCACAAUACGGUGCUCAAAUUCUUGCUUGUAAGAUUUAGAAUUCUAUCGUAGCACAUGUAUAACUCCACUUCGUGCUGAUAUGGUGCCUGAUACUUGUUUCUUGUGUCAAACUAGAUUUGAAUAUAAAGUCGUAAAAUAAGCCUCUUGUUUUGUUCCAUAAUCUAUAUAUACAAUACAGUAAUUUGCUGGA